AGGAAAUCCUAACCGACAAUGGGGCUGAAUUCAGGGGAGAAGUGUUAAGGAAUCUGGUCCUACAUGGUGUCGCCAUACGGAACACUGCACCUCACAUGUCACAGUCCAACGGGCUGGUCCAAAACGCUAACCGGGUGAUAAAGACAGCGUUGCGACGAAACAUCGCGGCACGGGAUCCGAGACCUUGGCCCGAUAUCGUCGAUCACAUCCUGGCGGUCCAUCGCGGAACGCCCCACGAAUCGACGGGGCUAAGCCCCUUCCAAUUAAGGACCAAUAGUGUCGCUUGCAUUUCGAUACCGAGCCUCCCGGAUGAGACUACAUUAACCCGGCGGCCCACCAGGACCACGGCUCGGGACAAGGCCAAACGACACCUAGAAUUAAUGGAACGGUCGCUGCCCAGGCUAGCUCGAAAGCGACAGAAAAUGACCGAACUAGCCCAGGGCCGACAGGUCCGGAGCUACGAAGCCCGAAAUGGGAAUGCGGGUCCACGGCCCCAGUACAAAUUGAGGGACGUGGUGCAGGUGAGGAAAUGUGCUUGCCAGGGUAAGCUAGCGCCACGAUUCUUCGGGCGAUAUCGUGUGAUCGAGCUCGGCCCCAACGGCAUGGACACCGUGCGCCUCGCCCCUGAAGUCUCUGGCAGUCGAUCGGCUCGUCCGAUCACACGCCACGUAGCUUUUACUGUGCUUGGUCGAAGUACGGCUGACGUGGAUCGAGGACGAAGCGCACCCGCCUUGCAUAGAGCGGCUGGAGUUGCUGUUUAUCCAAGCCUGGCGCACCAACGUGGAGGGAGAGCUCCUCGCAUUUUUAUUCGGUGCAGUAUGGCGCAGCCAUCAGAACUUAUCACGCAAGAGCUCACGAUCCCGGUAGCGCAGCUGGCGGACGACCUCCCUCUUGACAUCAUCUCGCAAGACGACGAGCAUUCAGUUCCCCAUGUCCUUUCUCGCACCUUGACACCUCGUCUUCAGUGGUCGGCUUGCGUAGAAGGAGCCGCGGAACGCAUCCCGCCGUCGCAGGGACAACAUUUGGAUCCCCGGGCGAUUCGUGACCUUGCCUUCUUCAGGCCGCCUACAACGGAGCAGCUUGCAGCCAUCAUAGAGGAGGAAGAGGGGGAAGAAAGCACUGAGAGUGACGACGGGGAAGACGAGCGGGAAGAAAGUGAGGAAGGCGACGAAGUACUUGGGGAAGAAGACGAAACCCCCGAAGAAGGAAGCUAUAGCGAGCAUAGCGAGGGGGAGCAGAGCGAAGAAGAGGAAGAAGACGAAGAAGGAGAAGAAGGGCACGAAGAAGAAUCUGUUGGACCAGAGUGGGAAGCCGUACCGGAAGAAGCGCUGCGCACAGGUACAGAGGCAGAAGAUCCCAAGGCGGCCCGUAAAAGGGAAGAGAUCGCGGGCAGGAAGACGAAGUUAGAACUCGCAGGCGCGGCGAGUCUGCAGAUCUGCGACGACCCGAAYCGAGAUCCGGAGCCGCCUCAACCUGAAGAUGGCAACCUCGCGGCCACGACUCCGGCCCCAUCGGCACGGCGAYGAAGCCGAUCCCCCCCCUCCCCAACCCGUCCCUCAGUUCGCCGACGUAGCGAUAUGGGCGAUCGGCCUUCGUCCCCGAUUGCUCUCUCGCCGUCCCCUUGACUACCUCACCCUUCGCCAACUCACCACCCCCGUCA